CAAGCGACUGUAGUUGGUUCCUUGGCAGCAUUCGCAGCUGUUAUCAUGGGCUGGAUUCUGGAUGGAGAAUUCAAGAUUCAUCAUGCCUCCCUACUCUGUGCAAGUAGCUUAGUUACAGCGACACUAGCCAGCCUCAUUCUUGGUUCUGUGAUGGCUGCAGUGGUUGUGUUUUCCAGGAAGUGCAACAUCAAUCCAGAUAAUGUAGCCACACCCAUUGCAGCCAGUCUUGGAGACCUCAUAACCCUGGCGCUGUUGUCUGCUAUUAGUAGAUUUCUACAUAGUUGUCUUGGUAAGUUUGAAAUAAAGAGAGUACCAUCAUUUUAUCAUCAGAACUGCCUGUGAGUUUCCAAUGCAUUUUACCAAAACAAUAAUACCGUAAUACCAUGAACUUCACCCCGACAUUGCUUGUUUUCUGAAGUACGUGAAGGGCUUUUGUCCACUAAGGAAGUCCACAUUGAGGACAACAGGGGAGUAUUGCCUAUUUGAUUUCAUCAGUCCCUGUCCUUUACAGUUGGUCUUAAAGGUAAACAAUGCAGUGAUAAUGGUGAACUCAUUUAAAUACACCUGGUUGGAUCAGGGAAAAAAUUUGCUGCACAUUUUCUCUCACAGUGAAAAAUAAUAAUAAAUUAUUGCAUUGUGGUUUACAAACUAAAAGGCAUUGUUGACAUUGUUUUUUUCAAACUUGUUACAAGUUUAAUGUUUCCGUUUGCUGUAGACACCGAGGGUGGUACUCACCACUGGAUUGCACCUGUCAUCAGCUUGGGUUUCUUCAUCAUUCUACCACUAUNUCAUGGGCUGGAUUCUGGAUGGAGAAUUCAAGAUUCAUCAUGCCUCCCUACUCUGUGCAAGUAGCUUAGUUACAGCGACACUAGCCAGCCUCAUUCUUGGUUCUGUGAUGGCUGCAGUGGUUGUGUUUUCCAGGAAGUGCAACAUCAAUCCAGAUAAUGUAGCCACACCCAUUGCAGCCAGUCUUGGAGACCUCAUAACCCUGGCGCUGUUGUCUGCUAUUAGUAGAUUUCUACAUAGUUGUCUUGGUAAGUUUGAAAUAAAGAGAGUACCAUCAUUUUAUCAUCAGAACUGCCUGUGAGUUUCCAAUGCAUUUUACCAAAACAAUAAUACCGUAAUACCAUGAACUUCACCCCGACAUUGCUUGUUUUCUGAAGUACGUGAAGGGCUUUUGUCCACUAAGGAAGUCCACAUUGAGGACAACAGGGGAGUAUUGCCUAUUUGAUUUCAUCAGUCCCUGUCCUUUACAGUUGGUCUUAAAGGUAAACAAUGCAGUGAUAAUGGUGAACUCAUUUAAAUACACCUGGUUGGAUCAGGGAAAAAAUUUGCUGCACAUUUUCUCUCACAGUGAAAAAUAAUAAUAAAUUAUUGCAUUGUGGUUUACAAACUAAAAGGCAUUGUUGACAUUGUUUUUUUCAAACUUGUUACAAGUUUAAUGUUUCCGUUUGCUGUAGACACCGAGGGUGGUACUCACCACUGGAUUGCACCUGUCAUCAGCUUGGGUUUCUUCAUCAUUCUUCCACUAUGGGUGUAUAUCACUCACAACAAUGCCUUCACUCACAGUGUAUUAUAUACUGGAUGGAGCCCAGUGCUCAGUGCCAUGAUUAUCAGUAGGUAAAGCUAUGAUCCUUAUAUUCCUACUAAGUUAAAGGCUGGUUUUCACUAGCGACGGAGUCUGAGUCAGAGUCGUAAUCAGAAGCGUGGAAUUUACGAUCUAGUAAAAACAACAUUCUGAUUCCACUUACAACUGCGUUGCUUACGAUCAAGUGAAAACUAGGUUAUCGGAGUCGCAAGCAGAAGCGGAAGACCUAAACUAAUCGCAAAGCUUGGGAACAAGCAUUGUGAUUGGUUUGUUCUUCCGCUUCUGCUUGAGACUUUAACAAUCUGGUUUUCACUAGAUCAUUAGCAACUGAGUCACAAGUGGAGUUUUAAGAAAAUGGAAAUGUUCCGAUUCUUCCGACUCCGAUUCCAUCGUGGUUAUGACUCCGUUUAUGACUCCGAUUUUUGAUCUUCACCAGGUCAUAAGCACUUUUAAGACUACACUUAUGAUCCUGACCCUGUUAUUAGUGAAAACCAGCCUUAAAUUGCUCCAUUGUGUGCCAGAGACUCCAUUUUUCAUAAAGUUUUCACCAGUAUUGUUAAGGCAGUUAUCUUAAUUUUGUUGUAUCUGAUAAGGUUUCUGUUUUCUAAGUCAAAUAUGUGAGUUAUAAAUUUAGAUUUUUGAUCUCUGUCCAGUUCAGACACCAAAGACUAAGAAUGUUGUAACGGAUGAUCCAAGACUUCUUUAAGUGCCCCCUACCUCUCUCCUUUUUUAAGCAACUGGAUUAUACUUUGUAACAACCUUCAUGUCAAAGUUUUUUUAAUUAGUCUUAGGUAUUACUAGUUUUUUAUUCAGCCUUCUAAGAUGUAGUCAACCAUGCAGUAGUUUUUAUCUCGUUCGUCAAGCUUAGCAUGAUGAGACAAAAAUGGCAGCGUGCUAUUUACAAUGUAUAGUUUUCUGUUCAAGCCCUUGGAAAUUCAAUCCACACCCUCUCCUCUCUACCUACCCCCUCCCUGCUUGUUAGCCUCUUCAAAAUACACCUAUCUACCCCUCAGAAAGUCUGGGAACCUUUGCUGAGAAUACAGAAGCUACAGUUUAGUUUCAUUUGCUUGUGGUGUUGUUUGCAGUGCUGGUGGUCUAAUUCUUGACUUUGCUGUGGACAAAUAUCAUGGAAUAGCUGUGUUCAGUCCAGUAAUAAAUGGUGUUGGUGGGAACCUUGUAGCUGUCCAAGCAAGUCGUCUCUCCACAGGACUGCACCAGCUGGGCAAACCUGGCGAGGUGCAGGAGAAGAGCAAAUUCCAUGGCUGUAUUGACACAUUUUUUGGAUCAGGUAUGUGGAUUAAACGAAGCAGGGAUUCUUAAAGUUAAGCUUCAACUGCAGUACUUUCUCAUGGUACCCCUUGUAGUUCUAACUUUUGAAUCUGUGGUUGAAAUCCUUCGGUGUGACCAUUUAAGUGAAAACUCUACAGCAGUACUUUCUCAUGGUUCCGUUAAUUUAGUUUGUAUUUCCAGCUUUUUAGUUUCUGGACUUAAUAUAAUCCUUUCCCUUUUGUUUUAUCGCAGGACUACAUGCUCGAACAACCAGAGUGUUGCUAUUUAUGGUUAUUCCUGGUAACUUGAUAUUUUUAUACACAAUCCGUGUUCUGCAGGCAGGACAUACUACACUCACGCUCCUGUUUACUUCAGUCUACUUACUUGCUGGCAUGAUUCAGGUACAUUUCUAUUUUUAUUGCCUCAGAUCUUCAAUAGUUUGCUUUGAUCAACAGUGAAGGCGCUAUAUUUCUUCGUUUCCUACCUAACGUAUAUAAAUUUUCGAGGAGUUGCUGCAUGGCACGUGCAGCUCGUGCCAAAAAAGGAAACGUGAAUGGGACUCGUCCUGAAUACGAGGCUAAACGAGUAUUUUGUAGGGGGUGAGUUCAGGGAAUUUUUAAGUAAGGGAAAAUCUUAGCUCUUGACUAAGUCCGUGAAACGUCAGGGAAUUUCAUUAUCAGGUAAAAGGGUUUGUGAAGACUGAGAAGACAUUAUUUUCAUCAGAGAAUUCUGCAUGAGCUCAAUUUUCGUACUUCAAAUCCGGCAAAAAAGUCUAGAUUCUGUUCAAAACUUCAACAGUUCAAAAAUAAGGAAUGAAAUAUAAAUGACCAGCAAAAAUAGCCUUGGAGAAAAAGUAAUGCAAUUUUUGUGAACACCAUUUAUAGCCCGGAGAAUUGUUUGCGUACCAACUAGUGGCCUGUGAAUGCAGACCUAUUUCCGGUCGUCUCUUCUCUCCACCGGAAAUAGAUCCGCGUUCGUUAGCUAAGAAAUGAACGGCAACCCUGUGAAAUGUUGUAAAAUAACUGACACAAAAGAAUGCACGUGGUAACCAAGGCUUUACUUUGCACGUGCAGGUUGCUAUACUACUGCUGACUGCUAAUUGGUUGGUUCACUGGAUGUGGAAACGAGGCAAAGAUCCCGACAACUACUGCAUUCCGUACCUGACAGCGCUGGGUGACUUCCUCGGCACCGGUCUCCUGGCCGUGUCGUUCCAUCUUUUAUGGCUCAUAGGGGAUCGAGAUGCUGACGUUGGAGAUUAA